GAAGGUUUCUUGCGUUUUUGUAUUAUUAUCUCGAGUGGUUACGAUUCUUUCAUUGUCGAAUCUUGCAGGGGAGAUAGGGAAGUGAGAGAGGGGGAAACCCUGCCCUAUUUUCGAUCUCUAUUCGUUUCUCAAUCGAAGCGAUGGUGUUCUACUUCAAGGCACGACCAGAUGCCGGGGACUACACCAUCUUCAUGGGGCUCGAUAAGUUCGAGAACGAGGAGCUCAUCAAGUACGGCUUCCCCGAAGACGUCUGGUUUCACGUUGAUAAGAUGUCGUCAGCUCACGUUUACUUGAGGCUGCAUAAAGGCCAAGGCUUUGAUGACAUUAGUGAAGGUGUGCUCGAGGACUGUGCUCAGCUUGUGAAAGCUAAUUCCAUUCAAGGCAACAAGGUGAACAACGUCGAUGUUGUUUACACUCCUUGGUCCAACUUGAAGAAGACCGCCUCCAUGGAUGUUGGUCAAGUUGGCUUCCACAAUUCAAAGAUGGUCCGGACUAUCCGAGUGGAGAAGCGAGUCAAUGACAUAAUUAACAGGCUGAACAAAACAAAAGUUGAGAAAACCCCUGAUCUGAGAGCUGAGAGGGAAGCAGUGAAUGCUGCUGAAAGAGCUGAGAGGAAACAACACCUGAGGGAGAAGAAGAAACGUGAAGAUAUAGAGAGGCUGGAGAAGGAGAGGCAAGCAGACAUGAGGAGUUACAAGGGAUUAAUGGUAACUGAUAAAAUGACAUCCAACAAAGACAUUGCUUCAAGCAACAAGUCUCUUCAAGAACUCGAAGAUGAUUUCAUGUAAAAGAGCCCUGAAGAAAUGAGAAGAAAAAAACCCAAGUCAGUAACAUUCUGCCGGUGCUGUCCUUCAGAGAAGGUUUAUCAUGUUCUUCUAUUAGCCUUAAGAGUUAUAAUGAUGAUGAAUUGCCCUUUUGUUUCAAAAAGUUUUUAUAAGAGUUGAAAUGUUUCAGAGGAUUGAAUCUUGAGUUGUGAGAAAAACAGAGAGCAUAAUGAUAUAUGUAACACAGGUGAGCUAGCGAGCUGGUGCGAUCAUGGUUUACUCUACCUAACCUGCUGUGUGUUUGUGGAAAAUCAUUUUACCACCCUAAUAGUUUUUACUUUUUAUU